AUUCGGCAGGAGCAGCGCUCGGCCGCUGUUUUCUCAUCCAGAACAAUGAAUCCGUGGACAGUGCUUGGGGCUCGCUAGGAUGCGUUGUGUUGCACGCAGUUUUUAAUGUCGCGGCGCUGCUUUUGCAUUUCUUUUAAAUGCGCCAAACGUGCAAAUCGUAAAAUAUGUGGAUGCCUACAGAACACGAGAAAUACGGCGUCGUGCUGGCCAGCUUCAGAGGCACCGUGCAGUGUGGCUUACCGCUGGAGAUCGGGGACACGGUGCAGAUUCUGGAGAAGUGCGAAGGAUGGUACAGAGGAUUUGUUCUGAAGAAUCCGAGUGCCAAGGGAAUAUUCCCAGCAUGCUAUGUUUACCUGAAAAGUGCCCAUAUUAAGAACAAAGGGCAGUUUGAGACGGUCAUUCCCAGCGAGGACACGGUCAUCACGGAGAUGACGUCCACGCUGAGGGAUUGGGGCACGAUGUGGAAGCAGCUGUACGUGAAGAACGAGGGGGACCUCUUCCACCGCCUGUGGCACGUGAUGAACGAGGUGCUGGACCUGCGGAGGCAGGUGCUGGUGGGACACCUGACGCAGGACCGCAUGCGGGACGUCAAGCAGCACAUCACCGCUCGCCUCGACUGGGGCAACGAGCAGCUCGGUCUGGACCUGGUGCCCCGGAAAGAGUUCGGGAUGGUGGACCCGGAUGAGAUCAGCGUCACGGAGCUCUACAAGCUGAUGGAGCAUCGGCACAGGAAGAAGGACACCCCCGUCCCCUCGAGCACACAUCACCUGUUCGCCCAGGUAAAGAGCCUUGUCAGCUCUAACCUGGGCGAGGAGCUUGAGGUCUUCUUAACCAUCUACGACGGCAAGGAGAACCGGCCACUCAGUGAAAGGUUCUUUGUGCGACUGAAUAAACACGGAGUUCCUAAAUCGCCGGAGAAGACGGAGAGACAAUGCACCCUCUUUGUGGAUUUGGGCACCAGCGACCUGAGGAAGGAUGUGUAUAUUGUGGUCCAUAUCAUACGGAUAGGGCGCAUGGGGGCCGGAGAGAAGAAGAAUGUGAGCAGUGCGCAGUACCGUCGGCCUUUCGGGUGUGCGGUCGUCAGCGUGGCCGACCUGCUCACCGCCGACAUUAAGGAUGACCACCUGCUCAAAGUCUACACGUGCAACACAGAGACCGAGUGGUAUCAGAUCCACGAGAACAUCAUCCGCAAGGUGAACUCCCGGUACAACCUGAGCGGAUCCAAUGCUGGGCUGGCCGUCUCCCUCCAGCUGCUCCACGGUGACAUGGAGCAGAUCCGCCGCGAGUACAUGGCGCUCUUCACCCGUGGCAUCGCCAUCACCAAGAAGCUGGGCUUCUCUGACAUCAUCAUGCCAGGCGAGAUGAGGAAUGACCUGUACGUCACCUUGGAAAGAGGAGAGUUUGAGAAGGGGGGGAAGAGUGUGGCCAGGAAUGUGGAGAUUACUGUGUGCGUGCUGGAUACGGACGGAGUCGUCCUGAAGAAUUCCGUGUGGGCGGGGUCCGGGGAGGCCGGCGCUGAGGAGUACCGCUCCCUUGUGCUGUACCACAACAACAGCCCCCGCUGGGCAGAGCAGGUUAAGCUGCCACUGCCCGUGGACAAGUUCCGGGGCUCCCACGUUCGCUUCGAGUUCCGCCACUGCUCCACUAAAGACAAGGCGGAGAAAAAGCUGUUUGGCUUCUCCUUCAUACCCCUGAUGCAAGAAGACGGCCUCACAUUGCCCGACGGCACUCACGAGCUCAUCGUCCACAAGUGUGAGGAGAACACCAACCUCCAGGACUGCAUCCGGUACCUCCACCUGCCCUUCUCCAAGGGGAGCCUCCCGGGGAACAGCCAAGCCGCCAAGGGCAUUAAGGAGUCUGUCUGGAUCACGUCUUUCCUGUGUUCCACGAAGCUCACGCAGAAUGGGAAUAUGCUGGACCUGCUGAAAUGGAGAGUUCACCCAGAGAAGAUCAGCGACAGCCUGUCCAAGCUGAAGGAGAUUGACGGCUCAGAAAUAGUCAAGUUUCUCCAGGACACUCUGGACACCCUCUUCGGCAUCUUGGAUGAAAAUUCCCAGCGAUACGGCUUGAAGGUUUUUGACUGCCUGGUCCACAUCAUUAACCUGCUGCAGGACAGCAAGUUCCAGCACUUCAAGCCGGUCAUGGACACCUACAUCGAAAGUCACUUUGCAGGGGCUCUGUCAUACAGAGACCUGAUCAAGGUGCUGAAGUGGUACGUGGAUCGCAUCGUGGACGCGGAGCAUCAGGACCACAUCCAGCAGGUCCUAAAGGCCACAGAGUACAUCUUCAAGUACAUCAUCCAGUCACGCCGCCUCUUCGCCUUGGCCACCGGGGGGCAGAACGACGACGAGUUUCGCUGCUGUAUUCGGGAGCUCUUCAUGUCACUACGCUUCUUCCUGUCCCAGGAGGGUAAAGGCGGCAACUCUGUGACCCAGACGCAGGCCGUCUUCCUCAGGACGUUCCCCUGCGUUUACUGCGAGCUGCUGAAGAUCUUCACCAUGCGGGAGGUGGCCGGGUUCGUGCGGGAGACCCUCGGGAGCCUGCCUGCCAUCUCCCAUGCUGACUGCCCCCUGGAGGCCGUCAAGCUGCAGUGCAUUGCCAAGACUGUGGAGAGCUCACUGUACACUAACCCAGAGUCCAGGUGUAUCCUGCUCCCCGUGGUGCUGCACCACCUCCAGGCUCACCUGCAGGAGCAGAGGGACCUCGUCAUGUGUGGCCAGAUCCUCUCCGGAAUGUUCUCCCUCAUGAAGAAGGAUGACACUGAGGCCCCAGCCUCGGAGGAGGUGGAGGUGAUGGUGAGGAACCUUCUUAGAGUGCUGUUGAGGACCAUCUUGGAGAUCACUAACCGACCGCAGCCUGCCGGCAACUCCAUGCGCUUACAGUUUCAGGAUGUCACGGGGGAGUUUGUGGCCUGCCUUUUGACCUUACUCCGGCAGAUGACCGAUAGUCACUACCAGAAGCUGCUGGAGAGUCUAACAAGCAAGGACGAUCUGAGGGAUUUUCUCUUGCAAAUCUUCACGGUCUUUCGGAUCCUCAUCCGGCCGGAGAUGUUCCCCAAGGACUGGACGGUCAUGCGAUUAGUCACCAACAAUGUUAUCAUCACCACGGUCCUAUACCUGUCAGACGCCCUGAGGAAGAACUUCCUGAAUGAGAAAUUUGAUUAUAAGGUGUGGGAUUCCUAUUUCUACCUUUCCGUGAUCUUCAUCAACCAGCCCUGUCUGCAGCUGGAGACCUUCUCACCCUCCAAGAGGAAGAAGAUUCUGGAAAAGUACGGCGACAUGCGGGUGAUGAUGGGCUGCGAGAUCUUCAGCAUGUGGCAGAAUUUAGGAGAGCACAAGCUGAACUUCAUCCCAGCCAUGAUCGGCCCCUUCCUGGAGGUGACACUGGUGCCCCAGCAGGAUCUCCGCAACGUCAUGAUCCCCAUCUUCCAUGACAUGAUGGACUGGGAGCAGAGGAGGAGCGGUAACUUCAAACAGGUGGAAGCCAAGCUGAUCGACAAGCUGGACAGCUUGAUGUCGGAGGGCAAGGGGGACGAGACGUACCGGGAACUGUUCAACAGCAUAAUCCCCCUGUUUGGGCCCUACCCUAGCCUUCUGAAGAAGAUCGAACGAGAGACAUGGAGGGAGAGCGGCGUCUCUCUGAUCGCCACCGUCACACGUCUCAUGGAGCGACUCCUGGACUACAGGGACUGCAUGAAGUCGGGCGAGGUGGACGGGAAGAAGAUCGGCUGCACCGUCAGCCUCCUGAACUUCUACAAAACUGAGCUGAACAAAGAGGAGAUGUACAUCCGCUACAUCCACAAGCUGUACGACCUCCAUUUGAAAGCGCAGAACUAUACAGAGGCCUCCUAUACGCUGCUGCUGUACGACGAGCUGCUCGAGUGGUCGGAGCGCCCUCUGCGCGAGUUCCUCAGCUACCCCAUGCAGACGGAGUGGCAGCGCAAGGAGACCCUACACCUCACCAUCAUCCAGAACUUCGACCGCGGCAAGUGCUGGGAGAAUGCCAUCAUACUGUGCCGGGAGCUGGCAGAUCAGUAUGAGGCUUAUUAUGACUACAGGAACUUAAGCAAGAUGAGGAUGAUGGAGGCCUCCUUGUACGAUAAAAUCAUGGACCAGCAGAGGUUGGAGCCAGAGUUUUUCAGAGUUGGCUUCUACGGCAAGAAGUUUCCCUUCUUUUUAAGGAACAAGGAGUUUGUUUGCCGGGGCCACGACUAUGAGCGCUUGGAGGCCUUCCAGCAGCGCAUGCUGAAUGAGUUCCCCCAGGCCAUCGCCAUGCAGCACGUCAACCAGCCCGACGAGACCAUCUCCCAGGCCGAGGCGCAGUACCUGCAGAUCUACGCCGUGAGCCCCAUCCCUGAGGCCCAGGACGUGCUUCAGAGAGAAGGCGUGGCAGACAACAUCAAGAGCUUCUACAAGGUUAACCACAUCUGGCGCUUCCGCUACGACCGACCCUUCCACAAGGGCACCAAGGACAAGGAGAAUGAAUUCAAGAGCCUGUGGGUGGAGAGGACAACGCUAACACUGGUGCAGAGCUUACCGGGCAUUUCUCGCUGGUUCGAGGUAGACAAGAGGGAUCUGAUGGAGGUGAGCCCACUGGAGAACGCCAUCGAGGUGAUGGAGAACAAGAACCUGCAGCUGCGCACUCUGAUCGCACAGUGCCAGGCGCGACAAGGCCAGAGUGUCAGCCCGCUCACCAUGUGCCUCAACGGUGUCAUCGAUGCCGCAGUCAACGGGGGCCUCGCCCGCUACCAGGAGGCGUUCUUUGGGAAGGACUACGUGGCAAGCCACCCGGAAGAUGGCGAGAAGAUCACGCGGCUGAGGGAGCUCAUGUUCGAGCAGGCACACAUCCUGGAAUACGGUCUGGCCGUGCACGAGAAAGUCGUUCCCCAGGACAUGCGGCCACUGCACAAGAAGCUGGUGGAUCAGUUCCACGUGAUGAAGACGAGUUUGGGAAUCCAGGAGUUCCCGGCCUACGUGCAUGCCAACCCCCUGCCCUUCAUCAAUGGGAGCCCGCGUGGCUGUAGGAGCUCCCUCCCCAGCGCCAUCAGCCCGGACGGCGGCCGUGUGGUGGCUCGGCGCAGUCCCCUCAGCUACCCAGCUGGCAACCGGUACUCGUCGUCCUCGCUGUCAUCGCAGGCCUCCAACGAAGUGAGCAACAUCACGGGCCAGUCGGAGAGCUCGGACGAGGUCUUCAACAUGCAGCCAAGUCCGUCUACCUCAAGUCUGAGCUCCAGCCACUCGGCCUCCCCCAACGUGACCGGCGCCGCUCCAUCCAACGCCCGAGGAGCCCCCGGCGACCAAGCGUCAGUAUGUAAUUGGCCGUCUUCGGUCACCGACAGCGUUUCCGAGACACCUGUUGAAGCUUCCUCCCCAGGCUCCCCGCUGCUAUCUGACAAAAGUAAGCAUUCCAGGGAAAACUCCUGCUUCUCCCCCCGGGAUAGACCCUGCAGCACUGGCUUCCCAAUGCCCCUGGACCCAGGACAGAGGUCGCUCCCACAACUUAUAAGCAAUUCUUCAUUACCUCGGAGUGACCCGAGCCAACCAGCACCCGAGAAAGUCCUGAGCCCCACUGCGUGCACCUGGAAUCUAGACAGUCCAAAAGAGGCUAACACGCAGUAUUCAGAUGCGCUCGGGAAAUUGAUAUCGCCCCCCGUCCCUCCUAGGCCACCGUACACAGGUUCACCUGCCAGGAACUUGAGGUCCCUGUCCCCUGUCCCCAUCCCCAGGUCUCCGCAAAAGAGCUCAGUGCCCCCUUACACUCCCUCCCCGACCGAGUGCCAUUCGGGGGGGCUGGUGUCCAAUUCGCCGGUGCUGUCGGGCAGCUACAGCAGCGGGAUCUCCUCGCUGAGUCGCUGCAGCGUGUCAGACACUUCGGGCCUGGAGGCCCCACCCCCCGGCGACCCUGCCCCCACUGGCACGCUCAGCACCUCCGUGUCCGGCGGGUCCGACGAGCUCUCGCGACCUGGGAACAAGACUCCGCCGCCGUACAGCGUGUACGAGCGCACCAACUCGCGCCGGCCGGUGCCCCUCCCCCACAGCCUCUCCAUCCCGCCCCCCAUCGCCCCGCCUGCCCUGCCUCCCAAGCCCCACCAGUUCCGUGGCACCAAACUGGACUCAGAGCCCCGGCGACCAGAACCCAUCCAGCGGCCCAGGCCCCUACCGAGGAAGGUGUCUCAGCUAUAGCGCCUCCCUUUUGGUGGCAACCAAUGGCACGCUAUGCACUUUCUGGUUGGGUAAUCCCAAGGUUCUAGGACAGUACGGAUUUAGACAUAGAAGUAGAAGUGAUUUUUUUUUUUUUUUUUUUAAGAGGGCUGUAAAUAUAUUUACUGCACCUCUUAGUGCAUCUCGGAUUAACACACUCUUACAUAGUAGUACAGGAUUGGUGAUCAAUGAAAUGUUCAAAUACAUGUAUAUAUGAGUUGGAAAAAUAACAGGUUUUUGCCUUAUUAGAGUCUCAUUAUUUUUGAAGGUUUCCAGUAAACCCUGAAACACAUCGGAAAAGCUACUAUAUUGUCCUCAAUGGCUAAAAGGUGCUAGAGGUUUCUUCUGUGUCUUUCAUCAUAGCCUAGAAUCUACCAACCCUCCUUCCCCGUGGCCCCACACUGCAGAUCCGCCUGGUUUUCACCAAGUGUUGUGCCAAAGGAACCUUUACGCGUUUCUGUAAUGGGACCCGCAGAUUUCCAGUAAACAGGCGCUCUCUCCCGAGCCGAUCUUCUAAUGACGCACAAUCGUAGUUACCCCCCCAUCUGUGCGCGACACGGAAUACGAGCGGUCGGCUAGCCGCCGCGCAGAACCUCCGCAAAAGCAAUAGCCGGGACACAGCCGCGUCGGACAAAAGCACAAACCGGGACCACCUCCGACGGCGCGCCCCCCCCCCACCCGCCUAAUAAUAAAGCGGCGCCGGUCACACGUGACGUCAGACUGCCAAUUCCUCACGCAUACAUUCCUUUAACGCAAAGUGAACACGCAGCUCGCAGAACUCCGAUUGCCCUUUUCACUAAUAUGGUGAUUAGCUACGUGAUUGUACGGGUGUCCUCUCCCCCCGCUCCUCCCCCAGUACGUUUUACUUAAUCGAAAAAAAUACUGACUGAACAGACUUUAGUUCUGAUUUUUUUUUAACAGUACUCUGAUUGUUCCGGGUCACUUACCCGUUAUUGAAAAUAUUUUAUUGUGCACAAACAUGGUUUUGUAACACGUCAGUGGACAAUAUUGACUGCUUAACUCAGUGAAAAUUCAGUAUUAACUGCAGUACUUUGGGACUUUUUUGGUUUGGUCUCCCAGUUUCGCUUUUCUCUGCAUAAAUUAGUUUUUUUUUUUUUUUUUUUUGUGAAAUUGUAAAUGACAUGAGAUUGUUGUAAGUAUGCCAAAUACUUUGUGUAUUGCAAUUAUUGUAAAUAAUGUGUUUUUAACAAAAUGUAGCCAUAUUGGAUUUACAGCAUUGAAUGUUGCAAGGACAGAAUUAUAAAUCUCAAAUAUUUAUAUGUCUUAGUGAGUGUAGACGAUGGAGGCAAUGGGUAUUGCAUCUAACAUUCACAUGCUUAAAUAACAUUGUUUAAUAAAACAUUUUGAACAAGGCUAAUUUGUAUAAAUUAGAAUUUCAUUCUAUUCUUUGCAUUAAGAAAAGCGUGUUUAAAUUCUAAAAUAUUUACAUGAGGUUGUAUUGAAUUGUUUGAUACUGUUUUAAUGCAGUUUUUACUUGUAUUUUGAGACCGAAAGAGUUUGUGUUGACUCACUGUCCUCUUACCAUUAAAAGCCAGGUUUUAAACUGGUUAUUUAUCACAAUAGGAACGACAUCUAUUUAAUCUAAUUUAAAUGUCUGGAACAUUGAUUGGUUUUGGUAUAAAAUGGAUUUUACAGAUCAAAUAAAAUGACAUCUUCUAAUCAAAAAGUA